UAGUUAACUAUGGUCAUUUAUAAACUUAAUUAUAUUGUGUUCCUCUUUAAUCUCAAAAACUAAUUGUCUUCUCCUUCUCCAACAACAAAUUAAGGCUACUAAUUAAGCAGAGUUAAUAUGAGUUCUCGUGAUCACACCCCUCCUCCUCCUCCUCAUGAUGAUAACUCGGAGGACAACAUAUCAUAUCCACAACAACAAGGGUAUACGGGGCAAGUAUAUCCACCCCCGCAACAAGUAGUGUAUCCGGGGCAAGGAUAUGGAGGAUAUCCAACACCACAACAAGUACCGUAUUCGGGGCAAGGAUAUGGAUCAUACCACCCACCACAACAAGUACCGUAUCCGGGGCAAGGAUAUGGAGGAUACCCGACUCCACAGUAUACCCCUCAUCAACUUCAACUUCAACUUCAACUUCAACAUCAAUAUGUACAACCACCUCCUUUGCAUAAUCUACACAUAAGUGGUCGUGGUUUUAUGAAAAGAUGGCGUAGUUUUUGGUCGUGUUGUUGGUCUUGUUAUUCCCGUUGUAGCUGCUAUUAAUCGAUCAUGAAUGAAUACAACGAUCCAUAUCAUGAACUAUCAAAUUCUUUAUUGUAAGUAGUACUUAGUUAUUUGGUGAAAGUUCUCUCAUAUUUUGGUCAAACUUCUUUAGUAUUCAACUUGUUGUUUUGUAGAGAGUAUAUGUAUAUGUAUAUAAAAUAUAAAAUAUAAAAUUAUCAA